AUGUUAAUAAUUACAGUGUUCUUAAGUUGUGUGGCAAUUGUGUCAUGUGGUCACUCGCCGAACGCUGACUAUAUCGAGGAACUGGUCCGAAACAAUGCGUUCGGGGCUCGCAUUUCAGACAAUAUUUUAGAAGAUGCAACUCUUGAUAUGGCUAGUUUAGUAAGAAAAUAUAACUACCCCUUCGAAGAGCACUCUGUGACGACUGAGGAUGGCUACAUAUUGGGAUUACAUCGAAUUCCUCAUGGACGUGAUUCAAACAACGUUUCAGGAGAUAAACCAGUUGUAUUCCUUAUGCACGGUUUGCUUUCGUCUUCUGCAGAUCACGUCGUUAUGGGACCUGGAACUGGACUUGCAUAUAUUUUGGCCGAAGAAGGUUAUGAUGUAUGGAUGGGUAAUGCUCGUGGAAACUUCUUUUCACGCAAGCACCGGACACUAAACCCCCAAAACCAAAGAAGUGGCUUUUGGCGUUUCUCCUGGGACGAAAUAGGAAAUUUGGAUUUGCCCGCAAUGAUUGAUUAUGCUCUUCAGUAUACAGGAAAAUCAGCAUUACAUUACAUUGGCUUUUCUCAGGGAACAACUUCAUUCUUUGUUAUGGCUUCACUUCGACCAGAAUAUAAUCAGAAAAUUAUCUCCAUGCAUGCUAUGGCACCAGUAGCAUACGUGGAACAUAGUAGGAAUAUUUUUUUCCACCUUCUAGCACCUUACUCUAAUGAUUUGGAGGCAUUGGCAAGAUUAAUAGGUAUAGGAGAAGUUAUGUCUAAUAGUGAAAUUUUUACAUUACUGGGACAAAUAUUUUGUACUGAUCAAGCCAUUACCCAGCCCAUCUGUAGUAGUAUCUUUUUCUUAAUUGGCGGUUGGAAUGAGAAUCAACACAAUGCGACCAUGCUGCCAGUAAUAUUGGGACACACCCCUGCAGGAGCUGCUAUGAGACAGUUUGCUCACUAUGGACAAAGUAUAACCAACAAAGAUUUUCGACGAUAUGAUCAUGGGUUACUGGAAAACAUUAUUACGUAUGGUUCUGUCAUCCCACCAAGAUAUGAUCUAUCCCAAAUUACUGCACCAGUUUUUCUUCAUUAUUCUGAUGGUGACCCAUUGGCUGAUCCUGCUGAUGUUGAUAGAUUGCACAGAGGCUUAGGAAGAUCGAUGGGAAAAUUCAGAGUUCCACAGGCAACAUUCAGUCACAUAGACUUUAUGUGGGGUAUUGACGCAAAAAAACUUGUAUUCGAUAGAGUUAUUCAAUUAAUGAAAGUAAUGGAGACUAUAAAUUAA